AUGAAGGAAACGUGUCCCUCGUCCUUUGUCCUUUGUUGGCAAUGGCCUGCCCACACCUCAUUGCCCUUCGUCACGACGAGUUCGCCUCCUGCACGUCGCCUCUCGCCUGGCAUGUAUACGCCCGAUCACGAUCCUCGCCACGCCAACGAUAGCCCCCUCUACCUUGAUGACGAGUUUGAACUCGACUAUGGAACCCCACAACUCCCGACUUGUGAUACUCCUUGUGCUAGGGGGAGUCCGUUUCAAGACAGCUGCCUACCGUUGCUUCAACUAAAUAACUGGGAUCCGGCCUUUCGAGACGAUGAACUUGAUCCAACGUGUAUUCACUACGAUAUCGAGUGGAAGCUCCAACUCAAGAAGGGAAGACUAUCCAAACUGGUCGAGAUCACAGAGGAGAACCUCACCCUUGCCCCCGGUGCCUACUGGGACAGGUUUCUGAGCGUCGAGUUAGCGGCGACCGUGAAGGACAAACUCCCCGAGCCGAGAUACGAACCCGACGAGACCACCGUUGUUGUGAGCGUAGAGAAACGUAGCGAACGUAACAUGAGAAAGCGAUUUGAUGGCCUCAUCGUCGACUGGAAGACGAUAGAAGAUAAACUGAGAAGCUGGGCCCCUCUUUUCCGCGAAGGUAACAAGCUAAGGAUUUACAUUUCCUUCGAUUAUAAAGAGACCAUCCAAUCAGCGGCCGCGACCACAAGGAGCCGCGGUCGUGGGGCUACGGGCCGACAGCUCAUCGCCGGAGACCAGCUGCUCGCUGAUCAGGAAGAGACCACCGGCUCUCGUCCAGUAUGGAAAGAGGUAUACGAGCUUCUGCACUGCACAGGGGUCCCAUGUGUAAACUCACAAUUUUAUUGCUGGCGUGAUCCAGAGAGCAAGAAGCAUUACAAACUUGACACUAACAUACUGGGGAUGCUCGUUGACUAUGCUGAGGAAGGAAAUCUUCUGAGGACACACAAUGACGUACCUGAGAAUAUCCGACAGGUGAUCUACAAGCACGAAUAG